GGAAGAAACCGGUUCAGGAAGGCAAUCAAGAAUCAGAGACCGAACGAUUGAGAAGAGAAAAUGAGGAGAUGAAGAUAGUCAUGCGAAUCAGAUUGGCUGAUAAGGAAAUUGAUUUGUUAAAACAAGAGAAUAUUGCGCUUUCAAAAGGGAUCAUCGAGCCGACAGAAGAGGUCAACGCUCUGAAAAAAGGAGAGAAGAGAAGUGCGAAAGACGUUACGGAGAAGAGUCCGUUGGUUGAGCCGGCGCGAGUCAAAUUGAGGGUUGUCGAUCGCGAGCUUACUCCAGGGGAAAUCACCAAGAUGGCGGAUGCCUACAAGAGAUUGCAUGAUGACAAAGACUAUGCAGAAAGGGAGGUAGCUGCCCUGAAGGAACGUAUUAACAGGCUGAAGAUUCAGACAUCGCCACCAGUCGUUAAAAGGAGGUUUGCACUGAGAAGCAUGCAACCGACCAAUCUCCGGAAGAAGACGACGCAUCUGGCUGGUGAGCCGGAGGAGGAUACAGAGGCUGAAAGCAGUCGUCCGAAAGUGAGAUUUGAAAAACGUGAGACCAAAUCGACGUUUACAAAGAGAGUGUUUCUGGAGCUGAGCAAGUUACGGACGAAUGAAAUAGAAAAAUUGUGUCUGGAAGAGGGUCUUGCGUACACUACUAUUCGCGGUUCGGCGACUGAUUUGGCAGAAAGGUAUGUUGGGGUUGCUUUUCCGCGAUUAAGACAAACGCUCGUUAUGGAAGAGGAGAAAGAAGUUGGGGAAGACGAUGAUGAAUCCGUCGACAUUGUGGGGGGAGAACCCAGCAAUCGCGCUGAGGAGGUUUCCGAUUGCUAGGAAUACUCUCCAAGUGCCGGUGUUUUUCGUAACGAUCUAGAGUGUGAAGAAUUGGCCCUGACGUGUAGAGAUCU